AUGAAUAAUGACAGUUUGGGGCGGGCAUCCACAGCUGCUUGCCAGCUAAGAAAGACUUACUCCUCGGUCACGGAGCAGUUGGAAACAAAAUCAGAAUCAAAGCUUCAAAAGCAAAUAUGCCAAGUUGUUCUCGAUCAUUUUGAGAAACAAUACUCCAAGGAAUUGGGAGAAGCAUGGGACUCAAGUCAGUAUUUUAUAUUGAGGCAAGUACUUUCCACACCUCUGUGCUGGCAGUAUGCUGUCCUCUUAAAUAAAUUCAAUUUUUCCUCUGAAGUGGAGAAUGACUUGCAUUUGAAGGGCUACCACCUCCUUUUCCCAGAAACCUCCUCCUGUUAUCAGCAGUCAUUCAAGUGUUACAUCAGUAGCACUCCUGGUAGAUUCCCUGCUCAAAAACACAGAGCUGGCAAACUGAAGGAAUAUUACCUGCUGAAUGCAGCUUCGGUUCUGGCUGUGCUGGCCCUGGAAGUCAAGAGUGGAGAGAAGGUUUUGGAUAUGUGUGCGGCUCCAGGGGGUAAAUUGAUAGCAACACUUCAAUAUGCCAGACCAGGGCUUCUGCAUGCCAAUGAAUAUGACAGUUUGAGAUCACAUUGGUUGAAGCAGACACUGGAGUCCUUCAUCCCAGAACCUUUGAUGAGCCUUGUUACUCUUUCGCAGUUGGAUGGAAGACAAAUUGGAAAUCUUCAGCCUGAAGGGUUUGAUAAGGUACUAGUGGAUGCCCCGUGCUCAAAUGACAGGUUAUUCUGUUCUGAUAUCCAGCCGGCUACCCUACGAUUAGCACAAAGGAAAGUAUUGUCUGCUAUACAGAUACAGGUGCUAAGGUCUGCAAUUAAACCCUUGCGUCCUGGAGGAUCUCUGGUUUAUUCCACAUGCACUCUUUCUAAGGCAGAGAACAGUGAUGUCAUAACAUACAUCCGUAACUCCUACAACAAUGUUCUUCCAGUGGAUAUGAGUGCCUUGGCUAGUUCUACAUCCCAGGAGUUCACUCUUGCGUCAGGUGUGCAGCAGCAUGAACUUCUAGUACUUCCAGAAAGGGGGAAAGCAUGGGGACCAAUGUAUAUAUAUAAAUUUAAGAAAGUGUGA